AUUUUGUACACGUUGUAGUGAGUUUCAUUCAACUCGAUCACCACUGAAUUAAUUCGACAAGUUAUGGGGGUUUCAAGUUAGACCAGAAGAAGCUAUCAUCGAUGUGAUUAUGCAUGUUUUGGUCUGUUUCAGUACACUAGGGCAGUUGUAGAAAUAAAGGUGAUGCUGCCAAAAAGGAACUCGAGGGUUUACUUAAAUCUGUGUCGACGAUUGUUUCAUACAUCACAGAAAUUGCAAAUAAGAACAUUGGAUCCAUAUGUAGAUGUCUUUGCCCGACUCCAGUCGAACGUUCAAGUGCCAUUGGUGAAAAAAGAUGAGAAGUUAUUUUUGCCUUCGCUGGAAAAGAUGAAGGAGGCUGAAAAACUGUUCAGGCCAAGUCGUUCACACGCGAUUGAAUGGUCAGCUAGACGUGUUGUUGACGCUGACAGCUAUCCAGUGGAGAAACUCCCAGAGGUAGCAUUUCUGGGUCGGAGUAAUGUUGGAAAGUCAUCUUUGAUUCAAGCAAUUUUCUCGAGAGUUGAUCCAAAACUGCUGAAGAUAGGGAUAUCGAAAAAACCUGGACACACCAAGUCGCUUCAUUUCUUCAACGUGGGAAAAGCUCUCUCUUUGGUGGACGCCCCAGGUUAUGGUUUUAAUAUGCCAGAAAACUUUGAACGAUCGGUGGAGACAUAUCUAAAGACCAGGAAAACGCUAACUCGUACUUUUCUGCUCCUGGAUUCUGCGGCUGGUAUCACCAAACAUGACGAAACUGGGAUCGAGAUGCUGGAGGAUGCAGGCGUCCCAUAUGUGGUUGUCUUGACGAAGGUGGACAAGAUAAGUGAUAGACGCUUGAUUGAGUCUGUAUUGGCCUUUACAGAUUAUCAGGAGAAGAAGAUGCAUUGUUGCUUGUCACAACCAUUCAUGGUGAGCUCACACACGAUGAUUGGAGUACCAUUACUGCAGUGUUUUAUCGCCUAUCUGACGGGAAAUCUAGCUAUCGAUGGACACUGAGAUGACAAAUAAGCUGAUGCCUGCGAAUAUCCAAACAACUUCACGUCAACCACGUUCUUCGAGUCCACGGUGGCUUCCCACGUCGGCCAUGUGAGGGUUAUCUGGCCCCAGUCCAAAGCCAUCAUGUCAAAACCUCGGC